AAACCCACCAAAGCUUCAUUACUCCUUCAUGCCAAAUCACACAAUUUACUGUCUAAACUCAUAACAUCAAAACACACAUUCAAUUAUUCUUUUCUCUUAUACAUUUCAUCUCUUAAUUAUAACUGUAACAGUUGUUUCAUUUUCUCUGUUAAACACCAUGAAGACUAGAGCUUCAAAUUUCUUGAAACAAAUACUCAACGUUUUGAGUACAGUUGUCAAGGCAAAAUCAUUGGCUAUAAAGACGAAAACCAGUGCCAUGAAGACAAGACUCUUGAUCUUCUCUUUGUUGAAGACAAACAGGAAGGUAUUGGUUGGUAAUAUCACUCAUAAGAUUCAUGCUCUGAUUAGCCAUCUAGACAGCAAAAAACACGACGACAACAAUGCAGUCGACGAAGAUAAAAGCAAAGCUAUUGUUCUCUACAACCCAAGUUGUACCACAGCCGAGUUAGACUACUACUACUACAACAACGAGGAUGAUGAUAAGUACCCGGAUCUAACUCACGGUCUGUUCGACCUCGAGGAUGAUGAUUUCGUGGACCAAGCUGGGUCAGUUAUAGAUUUGGUGAAGAAUGCUAAGGAAGAAGAUGGCAAGAACUUUAGUCUUGAAGACGAGAUUGACACCGUUGCCGACUUGUUCAUAAGAAGGUUCCACAGACAGAUGAAAAUGCAGAAACAAGAGUCGUUUAAGCGCAGGUAUCAAGAGUUGCUUGCAAAUGAACCGUUCAACUAAGUAUUAAGCUGAGUACAGAUAAAUAAGUCUGAAGAUCGAGGCGUCUGAGAUUAAUACGUACAAAAGAGAUCAAUAGCUAGUGGUUUUUUAAAAAACUUCUAUUGAUCUGUGUCUAUCUUCCCUCAAAAUUCCAGUUCCAUUUAAUGCAUGGACGUAACUUUUUGAAUAUUAGUUUGCAGUAAUACCAAUCAAUGGUUACUAAUUAGGAUUUCUUUCAAUGAGCACAGUGAAGAUUAAGAUGAUCAUGCAGCAUGACAAUCAACUUAUACGUAACCAGACAACCAAAUAGGCAUUGGAUGUGAUGAGCAGCGUGGAUAGUUUUAGUCCUUCAGAUAUGUCUGAUCUAGUUAAACUGAGCUUGUAUACUUAACAAAUUUAUCUAAGUAUUUAUGUAUGUGUAGAUGACAACUGAAUAAGCUAUUAUUAAGCUUUUACAGUUUUCCUUUUUGGUCUUUUGGAAUCUCGGACAUGUUCUCUACAUGGUGUAAUAGCUAUAAAUGAUUCUAAUGUACGUAUGGCAUCGAUCCAACCAUUUUCAUC